UAAGGGUGAAACGGGUGCUAACACCAAAAAAAAAGAUAGUUUUGUAGGCCUCUCUCUAUAUCACUUUCUCUUCCUUUCACGGAACUUGCCACUUGCCAUCAAAACUCAAAAGCAUAUACGGAGUACAAACAAAACAAACGCUCUUCUCCUCCUUCCAUCUCUCGCUUCUCAACUUCCAAGUCCCAACUCUAAAAUUACUCUUUUUUCUAGAGCGAAAAAGAGAAGGUUUUCAACAAUGGCGGAGACUAAGAAAUACAUCUACGAGAUCGAACCUGCGAAGCCGGAGCAAGACGGUAAACCUUCCGUCGGACCUGUUUAUCGCAGCGUCUUCGCCAAAGACGACCUAACCACCCAGAACUCGCCCCGAAUCCGGAUUAACCCUAAGGGUGAAACGGGUGCUAACACCAAAAAAAAAGAUAGUUUUGUAGGCCUCUCUCUAUAUCACUUUCUCUUCCUUUCACGGAACUUGCCACUUGCCAUCAAAACUCAAAAGCAUAUACGGAGUACAAACAAAACAAACGCUCUUCUCCUCCUUCCAUCUCUCGCUUCUCAACUUCCAAGUCCCAACUCUAAAAUUACUCUUUUUUCUAGAGCGAAAAAGAGAAGGUUUUCAACAAUGGCGGAGACUAAGAAAUACAUCUACGAGAUCGAACCUGCGAAGCCGGAGCAAGACGGUAAACCUUCCGUCGGACCUGUUUAUCGCAGCGUCUUCGCCAAAGACGGAUUUCCUCAACCUCCUCCUGGCAUGGAGACGUGCUGGGAUAUCUUUCGUAUGUCCGUGGAGAAAUACCCUAACAAUCCAAUGCUUGGUCAUCGUAAGAUUGUGGAUGGAAAAGCUGGAGAAUAUGUAUGGCUUACUUAUAAGGAGGUGUAUGAUGUAGUCAUUAAAGUGGGGAAUUCUAUUCGUCACUGUGGUGUCGGAUUGGGAGGACGUUGUGGUAUCUAUGGAUCAAACAGUGCAGAGUGGAUCAUGAGCAUGGAGGCCUGCAAUGCCCAUGGAGUUCAUUGUGUUCCUUUGUAUGACACUUUGGGGGCUGGUGCUGUGGAAUAUAUAAUUUGCCAUGCAGAAAUUUCAAUUGCAUUUGUAGAAGAGAAAAAGAUUCCUGAGCUGGUUAAAACUUUGCCAAACGCAUCAAAGUACUUGAAAACUUUGGUUAGCUUUGGGAAGAUUACACCUGAGCAGAAAGAAGAAGUUGAAAAACUUGGUUUGCAGAUGUAUAGUUGGGAUGACUUUUUGCAAUUGGGAGGUGAUAAACAAUAUGAACUGGAGAAGAAAGACAAGAGUGAUAUCUGCACAAUAAUGUACACCAGCGGAACAACUGGUGAACCAAAGGGUGUGCUUAUAUCAAAUGAAAGUAUUAUUACUCUAAUCGCUGGUGUUGAUCGCUUUCUAGAAAGUGCAAAUGAACAGUUGGACUUCAAUGAUGUGUAUCUAUCAUACCUGCCCCUGGCUCAUAUUUUUGAUCGGGUGAUUGAAGAGGCCUUUAUUUCACAUGGUGCACGAAUAGGAUUUUGGAGAGGGGAUGUCAAGUUAAUGCUCGAGGAUAUUGGAGAAUUAAAGCCAACAGUUUUCUGUGCUGUUCCUCGUGUAUUAGACAGAAUCUACGCAGGCUUGCAAGAGAAACUUCGUGCUGGCGGUUUGCUGAAACGCUCACUUUUUGGGUUUGCAUACUCACGAAAAUUCGGUAACAUGAAGAAGGGAGCCAAGCAUUCAGAGGCGUCUCCCAUUUUCGAUAAAAUUGUUUUCAGUAAGGUGAAGGAAGGUUUAGGUGGAAGAGUGAGACUAAUACUAUCUGGAGCUGCUCCUCUAGCCAGUCACGUGGAAACUUUUUUGCGUGUAGUAGCAUGUUGCUAUGUCUUGCAAGGAUAUGGUUUAACCGAAACAUGUGCGGGAACAUUUGUUUCGAUGCCCAAUGAGCUUCAGAUGACUGGGACAGUUGGCCCUCCAGUGGCAAAUGUGGAUGUAUGCCUUGAGUCAGUCCCUGAGAUGGGAUAUGAUGCUCUUGCCCCUGCACCGCGUGGUGAAAUUUGUGUUAGAGGAAAAACUCUCUUCUCAGGCUAUUACAAACGAGAAGACCUCACUAAGGAAGUCAUGAUUGACGGAUGGUUCCACACAGGUGAUGUUGGAGAGUGGCAGCCAGAUGGAAGUCUGAAAAUCAUUGACCGUAAAAAGAACAUUUUUAAGCUUUCACAAGGCGAGUAUGUUGCAGUUGAGAACUUGGAGAACAUCUUUGGACUUUGCUCUGCCAUUGACUCGAUAUGGAUCUAUGGGAAUAGUUUCCAAUCAUUCCUCGUUGCAGUUGCUAAUCCCAACCAGGGUGCACUUUUGCGUUGGGCUCAAGCAAAUGAGAUAAAUGGGGACUUCAAUGCUCUAUGUGAAAACCCAAAGGCGAAGGAAUACAUGUUGGAAGAGCUCAAAAAGAUUGGAAAAGAGAAGAAGCUAAAAGGCUUCGAGUUCAUCAAAGCUAUUCAUCUGGAUCCGAUGCCCUUUGACAUUGAACGUGACCUUCUAACCCCGACAUUCAAAAAGAAGAGGCCACAGAUGCUCAAAUACUAUCAGAAUAUCAUUGAUGACAUAUACAAGACUGCAAGUUAACAAAACGUCUGAAGACCAGCAAAUUUUAACUUUAUUCAGCUCACUUUGUGCUAAUCGGUUGCAACCCUCUUUGACUUGAUCACUUGUACAUCUAUAUUCACCUAGAGUUGAAAAAUUACAGGUUUUUUUAGUUGGCAACACUGGAAAUUGAAUUGAAUGUUUGAUUUAUUUUUGUUUUAUUGGCGAUGUUUUCAUAUAGAUAAAUGUGAAUAGUCAUCAUUUAUAUAAAUAAGAUAAGAUAUGUAUGAAGUCUA